GCAGCCGCGGGAGCCGCGCCGGCCAUGGCGGUGUCCGCGCCGCCCGUCAUCGCCGCCACUUCCAGCGGCGGCGGCGCGGGGGGCUCGGCGGGCUUGUUCCGGGCGGACCCGCUGUACUCCAGCCCCGCGGAGUCCCCGCGUCUCACCAACAGCCUCGUCAACACUUUCCUCUCGGCCGGCGGCGGCGGGGCCGGCGCGGGCGGCGGCGGCGGCGGCGGCAACGAGUGUAAGAUGGUCGACCUGCACGGGGUGAAGGUGGCCUCGUUCCUCGUGGAGGGGCAGGAGCUGAUCUGCCUGCCGCAGGUCUUUGAUCUCUUCCUCAAGCACCUGGUGGGAGGGCUGCACACGGUCUACACGAAGCUGAAGCGCCUGGAUAUAUCGCCCGUGGUGUGCACGGUGGAGCAGGUCCGCAUCCUGCGCGGGCUGGGGGCCAUCCAGCCCGGCGUCAACCGCUGCAAGCUCAUCACCAGGAAGGACUUCGAAACUUUGUACAACGACUGCACCAACGCGAGCUCGCGCCCUGGCAGACCCCCCAAGCGUUCCCUAGGAGUUGCCAUACAAGAAAAUGCACGUCUCCUGCCCCACGGAGUUCCAGGCCUCUUAUCACCAGGACUUAUCUCUCCGACAGGUCUGACAGCGGCUGCCAUGGCAGAGGCCAUGAAGCUCCAGAAAAUGAAACUCAUGGCAAUGAACAGCCUCCAUGGAAGUGGGAGUCAGAAUGGAACCGAGUCAGAGAACGAAGAGCUCAAUUCUAAUGCAGGUGGGAGUGAAUCCUCCUGGGAUAAAGAGAAGCUCCAGUCUCCCAUUACGACGGGAUCCCAGCACAGCAUUGGCCAUCCCACACUGUCAGGGCAGUCGAGCCUUGGAAGUGCACACCCGCUCAGUCCUCUCCAGCAGAACCACCUGCUCACCAACAGGAUAGACCUGCCGUUCAUGAUGAUGCCGCACCCCCUGCUCCCCGUCAGCCUCCCCCCCGCCUCCGUGGCCAUGGCCAUGAACCAGAUGAACCACCUCAACACCAUUGCCAACAUGGCAGCAGCUGCACAGAUGCACAGCCCCCUCUCCAGGGCAGGGGCCUCUGUCAUAAAGGAAAGGAUCCAGGACAGCCCCUCUCCAGCCCCGUCCCUGGAGGACAGCCAGCGCCCCGGGAGCCACCCGUCCUCCCACCAGAGCAGCAGCGUGUCCAGCUCCCCGUCCCAGCUGGACAACACCCCCGACAGAAUUGCUAUGCUGACCAACAACAGGGAAGGAGAACUCAUUGACCAAGAAACUGGGACCAGCCUAAAAAAAGUACAAAAGGAGAAAGAAGAGGUCCAAAUUGCCAUUCCAAUAAUGAAACCAACUUUAGAUAAAGUCCAACUGGCUGGACAGGCCUUGCCUCCUGGAUUUCCGGCGCCAUUUCUUUUUGCUGAUGGUCUUUCAUCAGUAGAAACACUAUUAACCAACAUUCAGGGCUUACUCAAAGUGGCUGUGGACAAUGCCAGAGUCCAGGAAAAGCAGAUACAGCAGGAAAAGAAAGAGUUAAAGAUGGAGCUUUGUAGAGAGCGAGAACUACGAGAGAGCUUGGAAAGGCAACUCACAGCUGAGCUGCAAAGCAGAGCAACAAUUCAGAAACGCUUGAAGAAAGAAAAGAAGGCAAAGAGAAAAUUGCAAGAAGCUUUGGAAUUUGAAUCUAAGAGGAGAGAACAAGUGGAACAGGCGCUUAAACAGGCCACAUCAGGUGACGGUCUCAGGAUGUUAAAUGAUGCUGGAAUCCCAGAUAUGGAAAUAGAACACAACGGAACCCAACAUGACAGUGCAGCAAUGCAAGGUGCAGUAUGUACCACAGCCCCUCACCUACCUGGUUGUGAAAACAGAACAUACAUCAAACCGACCAUCAUGUACUGAAGGAACCACCUACUGUUGAAAAAUGUAUAAUGACCACUAUCUGAAGACUAUAUAGUUCCUGAGAAAUGUCCCUUCCAACCUUUGAUGCCUUCAGUACUGUGUGAGGAACAGGAUUUGUAGCAUGAAACUUGAAGGACAAUUCCAAGCAAUUUACUGUUGCUGCAUUGAAAAACUGCCGUAUUAAGACAUCCUGAGACUUUUUACAAGCUUACCAUACCAAACCAAGCCUGUUACAACAGAUCAUUUUUAGGUCCCCGGAGAUAGAAAGGAGUUUUAGUAUUUUUAAGCACAUACAGGAAUUAUUCCCCCUCCCCAGCCCAUCCCAAAAAGAACUUUUUUUUUUUUUCCUUAGGAGGUGGCUAUUACUGGAUAGCAAAGGCACAAUGAUUUUAAGCCACACCGGUCCUGCACUGGCUGUACAUCAAACAAGUCCAGUUUAUCACUGAAACUGUUCAACAUGGAGCUGUUUCGAUUGUGUUUAUAAAUUAAGCUUUGUUUACUGAAGCAGAUACUCGAUAUAUAUUACGUUUUAAAAAGAAAUGUGUGUACAUUUUUUAAAAGAACGAUGUAAAAAUUGUCCUUUCAUUAGAUGACCAAUUCAAAAGUGUGAGCUAAACCCUAAUAGCUGACGUAAUAUGAGGAUUAUAAUUGAUGCUUUUUUUUUUAAUGCUCAGUUCAGCUUGGCUUUUGGUCUUUUAAGAUGGAAAAAUGAAUAUGCAGUAGAGUGUUAGAUAAUGGAAACUUUUAAGUAUGGUUUCUCUGUUGUACCAUAUUAAGUUAAAGUACACAUUCUUUGUUAAAAAUGUUCUUGCUAAAAAUACAGUAUUAAAAAGUUUUUUGUUUGA